UACCAACAUUCCCAAAUGCUAUGUCAUGUGUUGAUGUUGCUUGGCUUGCUUGCUUUCCGCUUUCUUUACUUUGCCUGAACGCGCGUCGAUAGACAUUCGGUCCACUUAACUAAAAAAUAUUUUACCGCAUAAGAUAGAAAUUAAAGCCACAAAACCGGUUUUACGUUAUCAAUAAACUUAAGUCUCAUACCGUGCCAAUAAACCUAAAUCUAUUGUGAAAGUGACAGUCAACGUCUUUUUUUGUGUGAAUAUAAUGUUAUUUCGCAUAUUUACAAGUACCGUCCGUUCGUAAGUGUAGUGGACUUGAAAAAUGAGAGUGUACUUUUCGCGUAUCGUGGUAGACACCUGAUUAAUAUGAUGUUUGAAGCGGGGUGAACGUAGCAUCAGUGAUAAUGCAACGCGAGUGUACAGAAGGAUUUAGGAGUAAGUUCGAGAGGCGGAAGCCGACCAAAGUGCUAAAGAUAGCAGAGAGCUUCACGAACUUGGAUGAGACUGCGAAGGCUGGUCGAUUUGUAAGAGGUCCGCACUCGAAGAUAGGGCGUAGGUAUCGCGACGGACAGGAGAGGACUAAACGCGGUGUAGUGUGCUGUGAUGAUGAGUGUGAUAAGGAGUCAGGUGUGAGUGAAGAUGGUGAAAGACUCGGUGACCGCAGAGUGACCGGCUCCUCUUGCACAGCUCUGAGAACGGCUGUGGCAGCUCUGUACCCGUUUGAUGACUUCGUGCUGGAGAAAAUCGGCACUGGAUUCUUCUCUGAAGUUUUCAAAGUAACCCACAAAACAUCAGCGAAGGUCAUGGUGUUGAAAAUGAACCAGCAACGGGCUAACAGACCGAACAUGCUCCGAGAAGUGCAGCUCAUGAACAAGUUGAAACAUCCGAAUAUACUUGGUUUUAUGGGCGUGUGCGUUCACGAAGGUCAGCUCCACGCGCUGACAGAAUACAUGGAGGGCGGUUCCCUGGAACAGCUGAUUCUGGGUCGACCUCUGGAACCGUUGCCCCAGCCGCUUCGGAUAUCCCUGGCGGCCGACGUGGCGGACGGCAUGAAGUACCUGCAUUCCCUCGGUGUCUUCCAUAGGGAUCUUACUACUAAGAAUGUAUUAUUAAGAAGAUAUGGAGAAGGAGACUAUAUGGCCGUCGUCGCUGACUUCGGUCUCGCCGCCAAAAUACCUCAUCCAGUAAACGGCUACCGAUUGCCGAGCGUCGGUUCGCCGUGGUGGAUGUCGCCAGAGUGCCUACGCGGCCGAUGGUACGACAACCGGUCCGAUAUAUUCUCAUAUGGAAUCAUAUUGUGCCAACUUAUCGCCAGGGUUGACGCCGAUCCGGACGUGCUGCCGCGCACUGACAACUUCGGCCUCAACUACAUGGCGUUCGUAGAGCUCUGCGAUGAAUACACCGUACCUGACUUCCUGAGGCUUGCGUUCAACUGCUGCAUUUACGAGCCGAAAGCGCGUCCGCUAUUCCCGGAAAUAGUGACAAAGCUAGCCGAGGUGAAGGAGGGCCUCGACGACGCCGCUUGGAGCCUGCACUCCAACAACUCGCUCGAGAGUGAGGAGGCGGACUCGUCGGGACCGCGCUCCUGCCCCGGACUGUACGGCUGGAGGCGGCCGCAGCGACACCGCUCCGAGGGGGGACCGCGCGCGCGCGACCUCGACCAGCUUCAACAUCGACGGUCGAUGUCGGAGUUAGAGUGGAUGGCGGGGUGCGAAGGGCAGGGUGGAGCGGGCGCCUCCCACCGCUCCGCCUCCGCCCUCGCCGGCGAACGUCGCGCCCCCCCUCCGCCCCCCCGCCUCGCGCGCCUGCACCGCCUUGCACAUAUCAUGCUACUGCGGGACGCGCACGCCGCGCCGCACCCCGCACGCCGACCCCUCGACACCUUCCGGGGAGUCAAGAAGAUCCUGGAGCCGCCUCACUCCCGCGCGACUGGAUUCUCAUCCUGCGCCGAACUGCCGAGCCCGCUGCUGCGCGCCGACGCUACACUGGACUCGACCCUCUCUGACGACGAGCCGCGUGCAGCCUCACUACCCUCGUCCCCGGCGCUCUCCCGUCGGGGCAGCUUCGACACUCCACCCCCGCCGGCGCCCCGCCCUCCGCGCCUGCCGCUGCCGCGCGUGCGCUCGUGUGAAUCAGGAAUCUUCUCCGUCGCCAACGAGGAGCUGUGCGGGCAGCGUGUCGGUGCCGGCUGCCCGUACGGCGCCGUGUGUCCGUGCUCGCUUGUCGGCUGCCAUCGUUGCUGGUGGUGGCGUCGCGACGCAUCGGAUCGCUCCGACGAGCUCGAGGAGGCGGAGGGCGAGGCGGGCGGCGAGCCCCGCGCGCGCAUGUGCUGCGCGUGCGUGGUCACGUACGACCGCGCCCUGGACGCGCGCCCCCCGCGGCCCCGCCCCUCCGCCCCGCUCGACGACUCCGCGCUCUCCGGCACCACGCUCAGCUCGCUGCGCAGCCUGGACGACCUAGACGAGGCCGGCGACCCGCCCUCGCCCUUCCUGUGCGGCAGGCCGGCCGCCACGCGCGCGGAGCCCGACUGGGAGGCGGACGGACCCCGCGAGUACCACAUCCUGUCCCGGUGCUGCUGCGCGGACCGGCGGCUGGACGAGGACGAGGCGCCGCGCCCCGCCCCGCUGGCGCUAUCCUCUUGCAAGCGCACCUCCAGCGUGUACACGGACAGCUCGGAGGACGUGGCGUCGCUGGCCGGCUCGGACAGUCUGUACUGCGACGAGCGGUACCCGCGGCAGGCGCGCUCGGCGCAGAUCUCGAAGAUUGUGGAGUACUUCGAGCGGAAGGGCGCCGACUUCACGUGCGAGCGGACCGGCCGGGGCCAGUCCCGGUACCGCAUGAGCGGGGGCGGCGGGGGGCUGGACGUGCGGCGCCGCGCGGUGGGGGAGGAGGGCGGUGGCCGCAAGUGUCCCGCGCAGCAGCGGCUGAUGAUCUGCGAGGGCGCCGUCAAGUCCAAGCUGCCGCUGUUCGACAAGAAGUCGUAGCGCCCCCCGCGCGUGACGUCACGCACCGCGCCCCCUCCCCCCGCCGACGGAGGCUCGGCGUUGUAUAUUGUCGAUAGUUAUUUUGACGCGUACAUAUUGUAAUCAAAUAUAUUUACGACUGAAUAAGUGUAAGGACUCGUCUCUGGUUGCGAGAUGAGAAUAAUGGUUGUAACGUUUAGUCAAUGUCCGGGUUGUAACUGCGCGGCCUAAACCCCCCCGUGGUAGUACGAAGCGACUUUAGUCGAGUGUAGGUUAAAUAUAUUUAAAUUUAAUUCGUUUCAUGUGAACCCUUCCUCUAUUUGUAAAACUGUAAAUAAUUAUUUUAUUACUACAAAUAAAAAAUAGUUUUUCAAUAUUUAUUAUAUACAACUUCAGAUACAACUUGCCAGUUUGCGAUAUUUAAGAGUGUAAAUAUGUUUUUUUUUUUUUUUUGUCUUUCUACGAAUUUCGUAUCUAUAAAUAAUAAAAGUUAUAUAUUGUCUUCUCUAAAUCAACAAUUGAAUAUCUUCGUUCGGGUGACAGUUUAUAUCUGUGUCUGAUAACAAUAAAACAUUUUUCAGGAAUCACGUUAACUAAAUGAAAUAAUUAGUAGAAUUGGUUUUAUACAAAUAUUAUGUUUCUGAAAUACUGAAAUGAUUUUUUUUUCAUAAAUCUUUGAUGUCAUAUUCCAGUAUAUAUUGACGAUCACUUACAUAGUUAUGUGAAUAAAAUUUAACUAAAAGUGCAUUAAAUACAGUUUACAUAAUCAAUAAAAAAAAAGGAAAAUUUUGAUUCGCGGUCAUAUUGUACUUUUAUGAAGGACAUGUUAUUGGAAUAUAGUUUUAGCAAAUCUCAAUCGUCUUCUAGAUCAUUCGAUUAGAGUCUGGAACGACGCGGAGACUAGUCUACAAGGUUUUUGAAUCAGAUGUUGCUGAUUGAAUUGAUCAGCCUGUCAGCGGUGUAAAAACAAUGUUAAUGUCAUCUGUGACGAUUUAUCAUAAUCAAAGGAGUUGUGCGAAAUUCGCUAUUCAACAACAGAUGGCGUUACACUUCUCGAACGCUCCGAAUAGUACUAGUUGUUUUAUAUCCGUUUCUGCUAUUUGGUGACAGAUGGCGUUACUCGUACGAGCGCAACGAAAAUAAUUAUGUCAAACGUAAAAGUACAAAGCUGAAAAAAUUCAAACAACCCAACCGCACACUAAUUUUGAUAAUCAGCGCGUUUGUUGAAUUUUAUUUACUAACAAGAGAAAAACAUCAAGAUACUGAAAGAAAAGAGACAAAAUUAAAAUCAUUUCAGAAGUGAGUGAGUGGGCUGUGAGAGCGUUUUAAUCUUAGACUGGAAAGAUAACGCAUAUAUUCGAAUAGUGACGUCAUUGUUUACGCGCGUCGUUCGAAUGGUACAACGGCACUCACCUUGCGGGAAUGAGACAGAGCGAGUCGCCUCAGUCCGUCACGGUCACGUCUCGGAACUCUAUUGGUCGAUUAAUAAAUAAUGACGUCAAUUCACAUUAGUUUAUUUUGACGAAGAUAUUAAUCCACCCACGGGCUUUACGAUGAGAACAUUACUGUAUCGAAAGGAUAAUAAUAUAGAGAUGCGUUUAGAAUAGGCUAAUAAUUGUCGCGUUCGUUUAUUGACGAACGAAUUCUAUCGUCCUAUAGAGUCUUGAAAUUCGGCGAAAACGGAGACGGAAUGUCCUCUUUGAAAGCGUCGCUUCGUUAUAUCGAGGGUGUAAAAUGGAUAUUUGGUUUAAGCGAAAUUUUUGCAACUUUACACGAGAGUAAACUUAAUUGAAGUUCAUUUGGAGAGGCUACCCGCCACAUUCAUUUAAAAAUAUGGGACUGUUGAUGCUAAUACCAAAUAAAGCACACCUUAAAUUGCAGAGUCGUAACGUCGAAACGUCGCGUAUUAAGCGAAAUGUAGCUUAAAUUAAAUAGCCUUUCGCUCCUCGAUAUAUAAUAUAUAUACAAAUAGUUACGUUGCGGUAUCUCUGCGUUUGAAAUAUAGAUUUAUAUGAAACAGUCAAUUCGAUACGGACACAUGAGGUUCGCGUGCGGAAGGCGUUGCUAGUCUUUUAAAACGCGAUUUUCCGCACAUGAGGCCGUCGACUUUGAUUUUUUUAUGAGGCCCUAAAUAAAUUCUACUUACGUGACGAUAGGUUUUCGUGUCUUAAAUUAAAUAAAUACGUCUUGUAAUAUUUAUAUGAUCGCGGUGUUACGGGCGGUAGAUGAAUAGCGUAUUGUGUCUGCGCGGACGGGUACCUUGGACCUGCGCGUUUCUGCCACGAAGCAAACAUGCGUUACGGUUUGAUAAACGCGGCAGCCGUUGUAUAAACUACUUCGUAUCUAUUUUUUUAUGGCUUAGUUGGGUGGACGAGCUCACAGCCCACCUGGCGUUAAGUGGUUACUGGAGCCCAUAGACGUCUACAAGGUAAAUGCGCCACCCACCUUGAGAUAUAAGUUCUAAGGUCUCAGUAUAGUUACAACGGCUGCCCUGCCCUUCAAACCGAAACGCGUUACUGCUUCACGGUAGAAAUAGGCGGGGUGGUGGUACAUACCCGUGCGGACUCACAAGAGGUCCUACCACCAGUAAAGUAUCUCAUACCGACUGGGUCGUCGGUUAAAAAUAAAUUGUUUUAUACCCUAGAUUUUGGUAAAUCAACGACCACAGACCGUAUUGAACGUCUCUGUCUGCGGCAAGUACCUUGAGCGUCCGCUAAUACCGCCCGCGAGACAAAUCGACCUCAAACAUAGCUGUGUACAAAUACGUGUCAAAAAAACCUCAAACGUGUUAAAUAAAUAACUCUUUUGUAUUGAGAAUAUCGAUUGUUUUCGAAAAACGUUUAUACAAUUGCAAAAGUCGAAAUUAAUAAUUCCCUUCCCGUGCGUCAGUAUUGGUAUCAGUAAGAAAUUGUUAUGGAGUUACUAUUUAUCGAAAUCACACGCAACUGCCUAUAGAAAUAAUCUCAUUAAAACAUACUUUUAAUUAAUUUAAUCAUCAAUUUUGUUUCGUUUAUAAUUUUGCGUGAUGCUUUAUCGUAAGGUAUAAAUACUCAAACAGCUCGAAGACUCUAAACUUCCUCGACCUCGACUCAGUCGAGGCUCAUAUUGAUGAACACCUCGAUGAGCCUUUGAAAACGGUAUUCCUAGUUUUAUUGUCGAUCUUAGAGAUUGGAAAAUAAAUAUACUAUAUUUAGUACUGGAAUAAUUCUAUAAACCUAACUAAACAUGGCGUCAAUGUAAUUUCAGACGUACCUCUUACGGUCCCUUAUUGAUUUUACCAACUAAGAGUACCGAUUUCCGUAAUAUAUUCAUAUGCGUUUAUAUUUUUAACGUCAAGUAAAAAUUAAAUAAGUACGUAAAUGGAAACGAUGAUCAUCGGCCCGGAGACCUCUAAGGCUGGUCACAAACCGGGCCCGCGACCGUCAUUGUCCGUUCGUGUAGGACGCCUACUGACGCAUCGGAAAGCCACCAAUGAAUUUCUCGGAACCACAUCGUGCCAUCAUCCAAAAAUGUAUUCUGAAUCACUUUGCUGAUGAUUCCUUAGCCUAUUUCUCUUUGACUAACUUUUGAGGAAGUUCUUUAACCACCGAAACUAUAAUUAGAAAAUGGCUCGGGCGGGAAUUGAACGCACAAACGAAAAACGACCUAAUAACAUUUGCACAUAAGUGUCAGUUCACGUUGCAACCCCUACUUCAGCAGUCUGUCACUUGAAUUAAAUCGUUUUUAACAAUCGAUAUUGACACGAAUAUCCAAACUAAUGUUUCUGUAAAUACAGUAUUAGAUGCGUAUUUAAUAUUAAUAAAAAAUUAUAUUUAUCAAUAUACAUUUAUAUGUAUCUUUAACUUGGUUUUACGGUUAUUGUUAUAUUCAGGGUAUAAAUGAGUAAAUUAAAGGUUAAUAAUGAUGAUAAUAAUAGUAAAAUAACUAUACGACGUGUUCACAUUUCGUUCGAAGUGAACGUGAUCGCGGCAAAAUCGGUUGUUGUAAAUAGUUCCUUUGUAAUUGUAGAGGAAGUCGAUGGCUGAAUUGAAUUUGGAAACUUUUAUGAGACAAUGAUAUCAUUAAUAGUGAACAAUAAUAUACGUUUUUUAUUUAUUUGAAAUUUCAUUUUUAAAAAACAUGGUUUCAGUGCUAUUGUGGGCUGUAUGUAUGAAAAAUAUUUACCCUUAAUUAAACUGCUCUGAAUCCAAAGAUCAGCCCAAGAUUUUCGAAGAAAAAAAACAGGAAGUGAGGCCAAAUCAGGAUAAUAAUUUUUAUACGAAUUAGCGUCGCCAUCUUUAACGGCUUCAUUUGCUAGUUGGUCUGCUAUGUCGUAAAUAUUAUAAAUUUAAUAAAAAGGAAACAUGGGCUUUUAUUUGAAAUGGUUAUAUUAAUCGGUUGUUAUUUGAAUUUUUUUGAGUCAAAAUAAACCAUAAAUUAUGACGCGUUUCAAUGUGAUAUCCAUGUCACAAUUUCAUUGUUCUUGUACAUUGCUUCGAAUUCAAUUCAAACAUCUCCGCGAUAAACGUUUCAUAGUUAUUCAGUUGCUGACACGAUGCUAGUUAGGUUUUGAAUUCGCAAUCGCUUGACGUGUCCUUGUCAUGGGUCUUGCGAAGUCUAAAACCGACGCAAAUAAAUUCAAACAGUGCCAAAAUUAUUUAUGAAUACCGUAUCGUUUACAAGAAACGCGAGUGUUGAAACAUUAAGAUUUUUUCUCAAUUUAAUAAUAUCUCUAAAACAUUUACAAACAUCCGUCCAUUAAUCUCAAUAUGGCAACCCUACUUUUCAGUGUUGUCGAUCGAAAUAUUAAAAUUAUUUAAUCCGUUACAGGUGGUGUUUUUGAUUUUAAAAUAUUUCAACACUUGUUUUCUAGUAUGGCAACACUACGAGCAUAUCAUUUUAUAGACGAACUAAUAUAUAGUUGAAUUGUUUAAUUAAUAAACAUAUGUUAGUGUUUAGUUAUUUCAGACUAAUGAUGCGUUAUCGGUAUUAAUUUCAAUUAUAAUUAUUAAAAACAUCAGUAACUGAACUAGGUAUGUUAUUUGAUUACCAGCGGUUUCUGAAUUGUCUUAAUUCAUAUCAAACGAAAAUCUGAAUUUCAUUAAAUGUGUGGGUACUCGAUAAUAUUACAACAUGACCAAACAUUGUAUCGGAUAAUAAAUGUUCUGAAUAAUGGAGAUCAUGGAUUGUGUUAUAUAAAAGCAUAUAUCUCGCAUUAUAUUACGUAUUUGUUGAAUCGUUUUCCAAUUCAGAAACCACUGAGGUAUCUUUAUUUUAAUCAAAUGAAUGUAUAAUGGCAACCCACGCCGCUGCGUGUACACAAGCGUUUGAAAUUCUCUCUCAUCGAUUUCAAAACACAUAUACUUAUGAAUGUUAUCAAACUCAACGUAUAAUUCUAGUACCACAUAGAAAUAUAUCGAUAUUAAAAUCUGUGUAAAAAGAUAUAUAAAUAAAAAAAUAAACGAGAGAUAUUUGAAAAUUAUUCAUCAUCAAUGAAACAUUGUAGAAACAAUGGUUGGUGUUAGGACUUGUGUAUUUUUUCUAUGGUUAUAAUUUUAACAAUAAUAAGUGCAUUCUUUGAAACACUGUCACCUAUAAAUUUAAUAUUAUAAGACAGACGCUUGUGCUCACGACAAUUAAACUUUUCUUUUGGAAGUAUAUAUAUAGUUCGUUAACCUUCUUCCUUUAAAGUAACUAACUUUAGAGCAUUUCGGUACAUAGGUAUGGUUGUGUAAGUUCCCAGGAAAUGUUUAUGUUAAGUUGUUUGCCGCAUGAGGCGGUUUAUGGAAAAUAAUUUGUAAAAUGAAAGGCGGUAUUAAAUAUAUUUUGUUUCAUAA